AUGGAUCAGCAAGCUGCCAUGGACGUAUCCACUUCGCAGCGCACACAACCUGCGCUCAAGGCAGUGAAGAAGAACAAAGUGUCUUGGGAGAACUUACUCAUUGGUGCUGCAAUGAAUGUGUUUCAGGCUUGGGACAGCCUCUCGAGAACAUCAAGACAUACGCAGGUUUCUGCAAAUCGGAACGCGCCGCUCUCUGAAGCAGUGCGGGAAAUAUGGGCCCGAGGUCCCAUCAAAGGCUUCUACCAAGGACUGAUUCCUUGGGCAUGGCUGGAAGCCUCCACAAAGGGCGCGAUUCUGAUCCUGACCUCCUCCGAAGUUCAGUACCAGGCGUCUCACGCGUUCGGACUCUCGCCCGCAGUGGCUGCCACGGCCGGUGGCGUAGCAGGCGGAGCAGCUCAGUCGUACCUUACCAUGGGCAUGACGACGUGCAUGAAGACCGUCGAAGUCACGAGGAACAAGACCGCAGCAGCAGGAAAAAGAGUUCCCGGGACCAUGGAAACCUUCUUCAAUAUCCUGCGCACGCAGGGCAUCAGAGGCGUGAAUAAGGGCGUCAACGCCGUUGCUUUGCGCCAGAUUACCGGCUGGUCGUCGCGGAUGGGCAUUUCGAGAGCGGCCGAGGCACCCAUCCGCUCGUUAAAUGGAAAGGAGCCGGGUCAGAAACUUUCCAUGGGUGAGAAGAUUGCGGCUUCGACGAUUGGCGGUGAUAAGAGUAGACAUGCAAGCGGUCAAGACCGCCCAAACAACAACCAAACCGACGAUGCUGUCAACAGCUCAAUUAAUCUGGCGCGAGAAUGGCUUUCGAGGCUUCUUCCGCGGAGUUGUUCCCCGCAUCGGAGUUGCGGCUUGGGCAACUAUCUGUAUGGCGGAGCAGUCGGCAGAGUUCCCAUGAGCCGAUACGAGCAGCACUCUUUCAUCGACUAUGCUGCCGUGGAUUCCAAGAUCCGUGCAGUCCGAGACAGGCUGAGACGGCCUUUGACAUACUCCGAGAAAGUCAUCUACGGCCAUUUGGAUAACGUAGAGGAAGCGGACAUUCGCCGUGGUGAAUCUUACCUCAAACUCCGCCCAACCCGGAUCGCGUGCCAAGAUGCGACUGCACAAAUGGCACUAAUUCAAUUCAUGUCUGCAAAUCUGGAUACAGUGGCUGUCCCCACAACUGUCCAUUGUGAUCACCUCGUUGUUGCUAAAGAGGGCAGCGAAGCAGACCUUGCUUCGGCAAAUUCUACCAACUUGGAGGUGUACAAGUUCCUUCAGCAGGUGUGUCGGAAGUAUGGGGCAGGGUUCUGGAAGCCGGGCGCAGGCAUUAUCCACCAGAUCGUGUUGGAAAAUUACGCCUACCCUGGUGGCCUUAUGAUUGGUACAGACUCACAUACACCAAAUGCGGGAGGACUUGGCAUGGCGGCCAUCGGCGUAGGAGGUGCAGAUGCAGUUGAUGUCAUGGCUGGUCUUGCGUGGGAGUUGAAAACCCCGAAGGUCAUUGGAGUCAACCUGACGGGAAAGUUAUCUGGCUGGGCUUCUCCAAAAGAUGUUAUCCUCAAACUCGCUGGAGAGCUUACAGUCAAAGGAGCAACAGGCUCCGUGAUCGAGUAUUUUGGUGAGGGAGUUAGUUCCCUCUCUUCCACGGGAAUGGCUACCAUCUGCAACAUGGGAGCUGAAACCGGAGCCACGACCUCAAUUUUCCCGUACACCGAGGCCACGGCAGCAUAUCUCGAUGCUACAAACCGGUCGUAUCUACGGGAGGAGGCCUCGCGCUGGAGGCACAAUUUUUCGGCCGACUCGGGCGCAGAAUACGAUCGAGUCAUCAACAUAGAUCUUUCGAAGCUCGAGCCGUUCAUAAACGGACCUUCCACUCCGGAUCUUGCCACACCAACCUCAGUUUUCAAAGAAGAAGUCAGCAAGAACUCAUGGCCCGAGAAUGUGAGUGCUGGAUUGAUCGGAUCAUGUACCAAUUCUUCAUUCGAGGACCUCAGCAGAGCCGCUGCACUGGCGAAGCAAGCCAUCGAUGCUGACCUCAAGCCUCGAGCGCCACUCUACCUGUCUCCUGGAAGUGAACAGACCAGGGCGACACUAGAGGAUUCAGGAGUCCUUUCUGUAUUUGACCAAGCUGGAGCUACGCUCCUUGCAAAUGCUUGCGGGCCAUGCUGUGGCUCCUGGAAUCGUCAAGAUAUGGAAAAGGGCGUCAAGAACUCCAUCGUCACAUCUUACAACCGAAACUUCACAGGUCGUCUAGACAGCAACCCGGCCACGAGCAUUUUCCUGGCAUCUCCCGAGACAGUUAUUGCCAAAACGUUCUCCGGUCGACUUGAUUUUGAUCCAGCUACUGAUGAGAUUGAGACACCAACUGGCACAUUCAAAUUCAAUCCUCCUCCUCCAGGAUCUCUCCCUUCCCACGGUUACAAUCAAGCAGAUUACGUCUACGCAGCUCCUCCGACGGAGCGCUCGGAAGUUGAAGUAGACAUCUCACCAAGCUCAGAUCGUAUCCAGCGUCUGGAGCCAUUCAAGCCUUGGGACGGCAAAGACUUCAUAGACUUGCCCAUUCUCAUAAAGGUUGAAGGCAAAUGCACGACCGACCACAUCACACCCGCCGGUCCUUGGUUUCGGUACCGUGGACACCUGGAGAAUAUUUCCAACAAUACUCUCAUCGGUGCCGUCAACGCAGCAAACAAGAAAGUCAAUCAGGUCGAGAACGUCUUCACUGGUGAAAUCUCCGGCGUUCCUGAUACAGCAAGAGACUACAAGAAACGUGGCCAGCAAUGGGUGGUAAUUGCAGACCACAACUACGGCGAAGGGUCUUCCAGGGAGCAUGCCGCUCUGCAGCCACGCUUCUUGAACGGGGUAGCCAUCAUCGCGAAGUCAUUCGCACGCAUACAUGAGUCGAACUUGAAGAAGCAAGGCAUGCUCCCUUUGACUUUCAAGAGCGAUGCAGACUAUGGCAAGAUCCAAGCUGAAGAUCGUAUCAGCUUGGUCGGCUUGGAUGCAUUUCAGCCCGGCCAGCCGGUGACCAUGUUGGUAAAGCGCAAGGAUGGCAGUUCGUGGGAGACACAGUUGGAACACACCUUCAAUAAGGAGCAGAUCAUGUACUUCAAAGCAGGUAGCGCGCUGAACUUGAUGGCACAAACUGCCGGGUCAAGUUGA